UACUUGCUGCUGGAUAUCAAGCAUUCCUUUCCAACUAAAACAGAAACUUCAACUGACUCAUUUCCAAAAGCCUUCGCUAUCCCUUGGGGUCUUGUUAAGCUUAUUCAAGGUUUUUGGCUUCUAGAUCACAAUGAUUAUGAAAGUGCACUGGCCCUGCUCUUUCAUCCAGCUACAAUCAAAAGUGUGUCAUGGCAACAUAUGAGAGUUCUUCAGUCCCUCAUGUGCCAGGGAGAGCACAGGCGAGCGCUCAGAUACAUCCAGAUGAUGAAGCCACCAGUGUCAAGCAGCAGUGAAGUGCGGCUUUUCCUCACCGUGCUGUUGUCCAAUAGGUGCCUGGUGGAGGCUUGGGGUCUGUUGCAGCAACAUACCACCAAGUUAAACAUGGAAGAGCUGUUAAAACACAUGUAUGAAAUCUGUCAGGAGAUGGGCCUAAUGGAAGACUUGCUGAAGCUGCCUUUCACAGAGACUGAACAAGAGUGUUUGGAGAAGUUUCUACAGACCAAUGCUGGUGUCCAGAGUCGUGAAUUUCUUUUAGUCCACCAUCUGCAGCGUGCCAACUAUAUCCCAGCACUACAGCUGCAUCAGUCAAUGAAGGUUAAUCCUACGAAUGACUGUGAUCUUCAGUUGAGAGACAAAGCAGUUGUCAGAAAUGCUGUAUUAGACCAAUAUGGCAAGAUCCUUCCUAGAGUUCAAAGGAAGCUGGCGGCAGAGAGAGCUGAGCUUUACCAUUUGCCUUCAUCAGCCCUGAGAGAAGUCUCCAGACCAAAGCCAUUAUCAACAGUAACAAAACAAGCCAAUGCAGAAAAUGUGUGUAUUUUCAUCAAUAAUGUGUUGUCCAAAAUUGGAGAAGUGUGGGUAGGAAAUGAGCAGAAACCCAGUUUCUCACAAUAUGAUAGAUUACUGCAUUCAGUGGUUCAUCCUGUUCCUUCAUGUUCUGCAGCACAGGGUGGUUGCUGGCAGUCGCCAUGUGGAGCUUCUGCUUCAUUCAUGGCAUCCAGCCCCUUGAAAUCAAAUCUGCACAGUUCCAUCUCACAAAGGAACUUUUCAGGAUCAACACAACUGAAUCUACUAGAGACUCCCCCUGUGGUUAAGGUUUGUAAUUUAAGAAAACUGGAAGAACAAAGCAAACCAAAAGCCUGUCAACUACAUUUAAAAUGAAAACACCAAAGUAUUUUAUCACAAACACUGUGGGAUUGAAAUUGUGGAAUAUUUUCAGUAUCAUGUGGUUGUUGUAUCUACAGACCUUUCAGAAGCAGCAUGUUGAGAACAGUCUUGAAGAGCUUAAUUCUAAGCUAGUUGUAGUAUGCAAGUUGUCCGGGUUCAUGAAACACACUUGAUUUUUAUUGCAUGGAACAAAGGAAGUUAAAAUUGGAUUUUCCAAUACAGUUAAACACUUAGAGAUACAAUUUGUAUCUUGAACAUCUCAUUAUUUAAGUGCUCAAUAGCUCUGUAUAGUUUGUCUUGCUUACCUAGAAGCAAGAAUGUUAUUGCUUCAGUUUCUUAAUCUGGUCAAGUGAAUGACAACUAAGUGAUCUCAGUUAAAUGAUGUAAGUUUCUUGUCAAAUCCAGUGAUGGCUUUAUGCAGGAAUUUUAGUCAUUGUGUUCAACUGUACUUCUAUUCACUGCCAUCAAACUCUUAUCAUGCAAGGAAAUAACACUUGACCUAUCUUGUUGGUGCUGUUCAUUUUGCCUUUGCCUUCCUGAACAAAAUAGUUGUGGUCUCUGUGAAUUAUAACCUUUUUCUUCUUAUUAAA